AUGAAGAACUACAAUGAUUCUUUGGGGUUUUUACCUACAACAUUUAUUCUGGCUGGUAUCCCUGGGUUGGAGGCACAGCAUUUGUUGAUAUCAAUUCCUUUCUGCUUGAUGUACAUUAUCAUCUUCCUUGGGAAUGGCACCAUUCUUCAUGUCAUCAGAACAGAAGCUUCUCUACACCAGCCAAUGUACCUCUUUCUUGCCAUGUUGGCACUAGCUGAGAUUGGAGUUUCUGCAUCUACUCUUCCUACAGUUCUAGGCAUCUUCCUUUUUGGUACCACUGAGAUUGGGUUUGAUGCGUGCCUUUUCCAGAUGUUCUCCAUCCAUUCUUUCUCCAUUAUGGAGUCAGGUGUGUUGCUGGCCAUGUCUGUGGACCGAUUCGUGGCCAUCUACAGCCCACUACGUUAUACAGCCAUCUUAACUCUGCCUCGUAUAUUUGGCACAGGAAUUAUAAUUGGACUUAAAAGUUUUAUGCUUAUGGCUCCAUUGCCUAUACUCCUGAGGCGUUUACCCUUCUGUGGCCAUAAUGUUCUAUCCCAUUCCUAUUGCCUUCACCCCAACCUUGUUCAUCUCCCUUGUGCAGACAUUUCUAUCAAUAAUAUCUAUGGACUUUUUGUUGUGACCUCUACUUUUGGACUAGAUUCAACACUUAUUGUGGUCUCCUACAUACUAAUACUCCACACUGUAUUAAAAAUUGCCACUGGAGAGGGACGCAGGAAGGCUCUCAACACAUGUGGCUCACAUGUCAGUGCUGUGCUUGCAUACUACGUGCCUAUGAUUGGUGUGUCUAUGGUGCACCGCAUUGGACACCAUGUGUCGCCUUUGGUUCAUAUAAUGAUGGCAAAUGCUUAUCUCUUCUUCCCACCUGUUGUAAAUCCCAUUGUGUAUAGCAUUAAAACCAAGGAGAUCCGACGUAGUAUUAUACGAAUGCUAUCCCGAAAAAGAGCUGAUGUUUAG